ACAGACGGAACCCGAACGCAGAUCGUUGUUGUUCCUGUCCGGAGCGAAUUGUGUGUCGGCUUCCGGUGUAACCAUGCUUCGUGUUUGCUUGGGAGAAGUGAAGCUGUAGACUGUACAUGAGCUGCAGCAUAUGACAUACCUAUUAAUGACAGAGCAAAGAUGGCGAAGGCUGUAGUGAAGACGGACAAAGCGUCUCCAGCUGUGAAAAAUCCUCAGAACAAGAAAAAUAAGAAAAAGGAAUUCUGGAAGAAAUAUCCCAAGUUCACUGCAAAGGAAGAGAACGUUAAGAAGGUGACGCCGGCGCUGCCUCCCAAGGCCCCUGAGGAGUUUUCAUCCAACUGGAAAGUUCUACAGGCACUCCUGAAACCAGAGACCAGUAGUCCUGUCCCCACAGUCACCAACCCCCCCAAAAAACAGGACAAGGGCUUAAAAAAGGAGGAGAAAGUGAACGGUAAGGAAAAACCUGAAUCCAAACCCAAAACUGUGGCCCCCAAGGUCAAUGGGCGAAUGACGGCUGAUGAUAAAGGGGCAGAUACUACAGACAAGAGCAAAGAGAAGAAGAGAAAAUUACCUAAAGAAACUCACAGACCGGCCCUGGAUCCGAAAAAGAAGCCUAGUGAAGAAAGCCCAGCUGAGCCGCCAAAGAUAGACCUCUGGUUUGAUGGCGUGGAUCCAGAUGACAUUGAGGCUGCGCUGGGUCCAGAAGCCGGUCAAAUCGCCCGACAGAUGAAAGGAUUGCCAGAGAACAAAUCUGAUGCAGUGGACAAGGUUCUAGUGAAGGACAGAGCUUUCGAGGGACUCACAAGGACGGUCGCCAUGGACUGUGAGAUGGUCGGGGUCGGCGCCGACGGAGAAGAAAGCAUCUUGGCGCGGGUAUCCAUUGUGAAUCAGUUUGGGAAGUGUGUGUACGACAAGUUCGUGAAGCCCACGGAACGCGUUACCGAUUACAGAACGGCGGUGAGCGGGAUCAGGCCUCAGGAUAUUAAGAACGGGGAAGAUUACAAGGUUGUGCAGAAGGAAGUAUCGGAGAUCCUUAAAGGACGUAUAUUGGUCGGCCAUGCUGUACAUAACGAUCUAAAGAUUUUCUUUUUGGAUCAUCCUAAGAAAUCCAUUAGGGACACACAGAAGUACAAACCAUUCAAACAACGGGCAAAGUGCGCACGCCCAUCCUUGAAGCUGCUGUGUGAGAAAAUCCUAAAUGUAAAAGUCCAGACGGGAGAACAUUGCUCGAUCCAGGAUGCACAGGCCGCCAUGAGGUUAUACACCAUGGAGAAGAAGAACUGGGAGGCUUCCAUUAAAGCAAAAUAUAUCCGCACUAAAAAGGAGCCCCCGAAGAAGACGACAUCAUCCUCCUCCUUGUAAUCUUU